AUGGCCAGUGAAUCGACUAGACUCACACCAAGAGCCCUUUUAAAAAUUAGAGGUGCUCAACACCCCAAGGUUGCAAUGGAGCAUUUGAGUUCUCUUUUAAUUCAAGAGGCUACCAGACAUGCAGAGAUGGAAGCAAUUGAUAUGCUACCAGACGUCAAAGCAGCCGAGGAACGGGAAGAAGAGAAAUUCCUAAAAUUCAAGUCGAAGAAAGAAAAUUGGAAGGUGUUAAAGCAACUUAAUGUUUUCUCAAGUGAUGAUGUGGAUUCUGUUGCUGAGGCAUUAAAUGAUAUGCUUAUCAAGAAGCUUUACAUGGUUGUUGAAAUGGCUGCUCAAUGGGAAGAUGGUGGAGCAGCAGAUGCCAUAUAUUCUGGCAAACAAAAAAAAUCCAAAUUUCAAUGGGAAAAAAGUGGCGAUUUAGCAACUCGUGUUUCAUAUAACAUUCUUGAUUAUGUGUCAUAG